GCGUGCCGCGUGCCGCGCACCACUGUGCACUGUAGAAUUUUUCCACUGUAAAUUUGUUUGAAGCCAUCGGAGCGAACGUGGGGAUCGAACUAAAACCCUAUACUUCGUUCUCACCAAUCGCACAAUCUCACUCCAUUUCGCCGAAUUCACCGAUCAAUCUCCGGAAUUCUGCAACUCUUGACGCUGCGAUCGAUCAUCCCUCUUUGUGACAAUGCUCUGUUCGAUCUCGAGUAGCAAAUCCGCUUCGAACUGGCUCGACCGGCUCCGGUCUUCCAGAGGUUUCCCGACCGGCGGCGACCAAGAUCUUGAUCACUUCCUCACUCCUCACGAUCUCACUCUCUCUGGUUCUUCUAACACCAAUGCAUCCGCUCCUACAGCCGCCAACAUUGACCGGAAAUCGGACUCCGGUUCCUCUCCUUCGGACCAACCGAAGCCAGCUCUCCACCGAACUGGAACUGCGGAGUCGUCAUGCGACAACGGAGAAGAGGACUGGUUCGGGAUAAUGAGCAAUGUUCUUGCCGAGCUCUUUGUUAUGGGAGACUCUGAUGGAAUUUCAAAAAGUUGCGCGAAAAAGAGUUCUCGUAAACAGGCAAACCCUAGAAUCUGUGCGCUUUCAAAAUCUUCAAGUGUUGACGAGAAGUCCUCGUAUGGUGUAAGAGGAGAAGAAAGUGUUUCGGCUACGGUACCUUCAAGCGGUGACAAUAGCUUAACGGAAAUGAAGAGAGCGAAGCGAGAUAAUGUUGAUUGUGUGAAUGUUCAGGAGGAGAAGUGUUAUGGCGAUCUGAAGGCGUUUUCACGUACGGAAGUGACGGUGAUUGAUACGAGCUGUGCGUCAUGGAAAUUUGAGAAGUUGCUGUUUCGGAGGAAGAAUGUCUGGAAAGUUCGGGAGAAGAAGUGUAAGGCGAAGAAUGUCGGAGAGGGAAAGAAGAGGAAAGUGAGUUCUUCGGAUGAGAAUGUUGGUGGUGAGAAGAAAAAACCUAGGAUUACAAUCUUGCCUUUUGGUUCUCUCAAGGAAGCAAAUCGAGGAGAACACAUAGUUCAAUUACAUGAAAAAGAAAAUCCUCAAAAUGGCAAAAGGGAAGUAUCCCAUAAAACUGCAGAUAUUGUUAGUGAAGCUCCUAAAAGAAGGCAAGUGAAUUGUUGGCCAAAUGCUGUUCUUGACAUCAUUUCUUCCAAUAUUACUUCAUUGUUUGAUCAUAAAUCUGCGAUUUAUUCAACUGACAUCUUUUGCAUGUUUUCUCUUGCUAGGUCACCCAAGAAACUCGGAAAAGCAUGCUCGUCCGUUGUUCUUUUAAAAGGGGUUCCUAUGGGGAAGAAAAAUGUGGCAAAUAUUCCCAAAAGUCGUCUAAAUGCCAAUAACACUCAAAAACAAUGCAAGGCUUAAUAUAUCCUUUAUGCAGAGGUUUUGAGGUAGUAAUCGUCUACAAAACAUGCCCUGGCAUUUGAUUGCUGUCUGACUGAUGGCAAAACCAUUCUGUCUGCAUUUUGUUCAACUCGAUUAGAAUCCGGGAAAAUGUAGCAGUCCAGGCCCAACACAUGCUGAAGAUGUUGUGAGUUCGAUUCAUAUUUAUUCUGUUGUAAUUUUUUAUAUUGAUUCCUCAAGAGUAAAAUUGGGAGCUUCUAUUUGGGUAUUCCUCCCCUUCCCUAAUUUGUUGAACAUGUCCAAUUUCUCAUUUAUAAUUGCCAGUGAUUGUUUCGGGCGACUAUGCUCUCUCUUAAAUUAAUGGAAACAUGGAAUUGUAGUAAA